GCAAAUCUAAAACAGUAUCGCAUGACUGUACUGCACCAGACGAAAGCACGAGCCUGAAUUCCCAGCUUCUUCAUCCCUUCCUAUGAGCUUCAAUGAAGCUCCAUGGCCCAUGCAGACUUAACAGUAUACGACCCGCCAUUCUUCCAUUCCAACCCACUUUCUCAUUUUUUCCACAACGACUUUCUCAUUACGCCCCUUGACUUUGAUUAUUCAAACCCAUUUCCUACGCUUCAACCUCUAUAAAUACCUCACUGCUCUUUGAUAGCUAGUCAAAUCUGUGCAGUUUGGACCUUUGGUAGAUAGCCUCAUAAAGUCAUAGUGUAGUGGUUGGUUGGUUCCUUGUGCUUUGCAAAGAGAUAAUCCUUUCUUUUUGUGGUUCAAUUCAAGGGUUGUUUAAUUUUUCCAGAGAAUCAAGUGUGAAUUGUGAUAUACUUACUGGUGAAUGGGACUGUCUGCUUCUUUGCUAUUACCAGCAUUUGGGUUUCCAUCAAUAAACACUGAGAACGAAGACACAGAUUCCAUGCUCAAAACAUAUAGCUUCAAGGAAGAGCAUCUUAACAAGAAAGCUGGGUUCAAAAGAGAUGCAAAGAUGAAGCUCAAAACCCAUGUUCCAUUAAACAAUUUAGUCGUCGAAAAGGAGGAAAAAGAUUCUGGAGAAGAUGGGAAGUGUAAUGAAUUUUCCCUGAAAUCAAAGGCUGCAAUUUCAUGCCCAGAACCAUAUGUGUACUCUUCUCCCAAACCUGUUCUUGAUGCUGCUGCAACUAAGGUCCAAAAAGUCUACAAGAGUUACCGGACCAGGAGGAACCUUGCAGAUUGUGCAGUGGUUGUUGAAGAGCUCUGGUGGAAAGCCUUGGAUUUUGCAGCUCUAAAGCGUAGCUCUAUCUCAUUUUUCAACAUUGACAAACAAGAAACUGCAGCAUCGCGGUGGUCACGGGCCAGGACAAGGGCUGCUAAGGUCGGGAAGGGUCUGUCCAAGGAUGAGAAAGCUCAGAAACUAGCUCUACAGCAUUGGCUUGAAGCUAUUGACCCGCGCCAUCGUUAUGGUCACAACUUGCACUUCUAUUAUGAUGUAUGGUCUGCAAGCAGAAGCACUCAACCUUUCUUCUAUUGGUUGGAUGUGGGUGAUGGUAAAGAACUAAGUCUCAAAAAGUGCCCAAGAGUUGAUCUGCAGCGCCACUGCAUCAAGUAUUUGGGACCUAAAGAGAGGGAAGCAUAUAGAGUGAUUGUUGAAGAGGGGAAGUUAGUUUACAAGGAGAGUGGGUCACUUCUAAACACAGAAGAAGGAUCAAAAUGGAUAUUUGUGCUUAGCACGGCAAGGGCCCUUUACGUGGGGCAGAAAAAGAAAGGAGCCUUUCAGCACUCCAGUUUUCUUUCUGGUGGGGCUACAACAGCAGCUGGGAGACUGGUUGCCCAUGAUGGGAUUCUUGAGGCAAUUUGGCCGUACAGUGGUCAUUAUCUACCAACUGAAGACAAUUUCAAGGAGUUCAUCAGUUUCCUUGAGGAGCACAACGUGGAUUUGACCAAUGUUAAGAGGUGUGCAAUAGACGACGACAAGCCUUCGCUCAUUGGGUCGGGGUCCAAGAAAGAGACAGCAGAAAGUGAGAGCAAGGAAACUUGUAUUCCAUCUGAGGAGGUUUCAAAGCCAGUUGUUUCCCAAGAGGACGCCAAGCCCAUCAGAAAGGCGAAACCACCUCCAGUGUUUGACCUGGGCAAACGCCUGUCUUGCAAGUGGUCAAGUGGAGUGGGUGCUCGUAUUGGGUGUGUGAGGGACUAUCCAUUGGAUCUUCAAUCCCAAGCUCUUGAAAAGGUUAACCUCUCACCCAGAGUUAAUGGGGACUACAACUUAUUGCCUAUCCCUUCGCCACGCCCCAGUCCCAAGAUUCGUCUUUCGCCCAGGCUUGCAUACAUGGGACUUCCAAGCCCAAGGAAUUUUUCUGCUCAAUAAACUCUGAUGAAGUUCAAUGGUUUUGCAGACUGCAAACUGUGCAGCGCUGUUCAGGAUAGAAUUUUGAUCACAUUAUUGUUUUGUUCUUUGAUUCUUCUUCUGCUUAAACUAACUGCAUAUGCUCAUUAGUUAUGGGUCAUUUGCCUUCAAUUCUCAAACAUGUAAAUGUUUCGUUUCGAAAUGAAUAAAGAAAUCUUUUAUAUUUCUAA